AUGAGAAAGUUUGGAGAAAGACAAAUAGAAACUAGUGUUACUGCUGAUAGAAAUUAUUUCAACUGCAUUCAGUUCACGAAGCCCAAAAUCACCAUAAAUGAGUCGAAUAAUAGGAAUAAAUCAUUUAAUUCAAAUAUCUCAAAUUCAAAUUUCCUUUCCAUAGAAUCAAAUGUAUAUUUUGGAACUUCAGCUGCUUCACAUGCUAAAGUUAAAAAGCUAAUUAAAUUACUUUUAGACAAAAAAAAUGAAAUUGAUAAAGUAUUUGAAUCACAACCUGCUUAUUUUAUAGGACUUGAUUUCCAUGAAAGUUCCUCUAUGCCACAUAUUUCAUGUUGGACUACUGAACCACUUGAUAUAAUAAUUCUAGAAAAUCUUGAGGAACUAUUUAAUGAUGAGUUUGAAACUAUGAGUUAUGUGCUAACUCCUACAAACGAUGAAGACAUAAAUGGAGAAAUAAAUGAAACAGACUUAUCAGAUGUCUUUCAAGAUUUUAAUAUUUCAGCUUAUCUCCAUGCGAAGGUUGAUCCUCUUCAUAAUAAAAGAAAUAAUUUAAAAUUUUCUAUUAAUAUAAAUGAUUGCAGAAUGGGUCCAAUGCUUAGUGAUAAAUGGCCAUCACUUCGUAAACUAGGUUCUGGUUAUUUUCUUGAUUCUGUUGAAAUUUGGGUCACUCCAAUUAAAGACGAAUCAAUGCCUAACAAGUCCUUAUACAAAGUAAAAAAUGGUCCAUGGCCACAACAAUUUAAUAAAGACAUUGAUAUUUCUAAAGUUCAUGAAUAUAAAAAUGGCAUCAGUGCAUCAAUAGGUAGAGAUCCCGCGUCUAUAUUAAGCCAAUGUAUUAUGGAUGGAAAAGAAAUUAAGUCUGCAACAAAGGAAUGGGAAUUGACAGUUGAUGGCAGUGGUAAAACUGGAUUGCGCUGGAGAUACACAUAUACUGCUGAAAACCUUUACAAAGAUCUUGACCGUAGAAAAAAUUUUGCUCCUGGAAAACAUUCCUGUCACUGGCUUACCUUAGAAUCCAUGAGUGGAUUUCAUAUUACUAUUACUCAAGUACUAUGUUGCAAAAUUACUGAUGGCUGGCGAAAGUUGAAACCAAAUACAAAAUCAAACUUUAUGAAACUAUGUCCCAAGAUGUCUCAUACUCUUAAAAUAACUUUUAAUAGUCUUAAAAACUUUAAUGAAAAUUUCGAAAAUUUUAUGAAAUCCGAAGAAUCUCAUGAAGAUCAUAUUAAUAUUAUUUUAGAAAAAAAUGCCUCUCCCCAAAUAGAAGAUCCAAAAAAAUCAUACGUGGGAUAUAUUAACCUUGAGCGCUCGGUCAAAAUCUAA